CUCUCGACACUUUUCAGUGCAGACAUGGAGCACCAGCUUCACCGCGUAUGUUGGGCACUCAUUGGCCAGCCACUGGGAUUUCAUGUCACUUAACAUUUAGUAUCCUGAAGCCAGAGUUAGUGUUGCAUAUCCUAUUGAGAUUUCUUCUCAUGCAGCACACACUUGUCAGUUAUUUGUCUUUUCAACAAUUUCAGGAAGUAUCUGGUGAAUUGAUUUGAAAUGAAUGUAUAAAGAAGUGUUGUGUGCUGUAAUCCUCUGAAGAUUUUCUUCAUUUAAGUAAGAUAUGACAGAGCCUGGCUGUUGAACUGAUGAACAUAGACAUCUGCUCCUUGUUGAUGGAAUACAAGUGUGAAAAAAAAUCCUCAGAGCUAAGGCUGCACUUUAUAUUGAUUGCUUUUCUCCUGUGGCAUCAAUCUCGGGUGUUUUGGUGACAUAAGUCUAGGCGUGAAUGAAAUAGCCAGUUUAGGCAGGCAUGUCAUUGCAAACAAUAGCAAACCUCCAGUGGUAGAAUUAUGACAAAGAGAGCACAGUCCAAAUUGGUUUGCCGUGUAAACACACUGUAGGUAACCCAUUCUAAUUUGGAUCACAGCAGGAACCCAACACCACAGCUGAAUACUAAAAGGCUCAUCCUACUUUUACCCAUAAACCCUUGCGACCCACUCUGCCUGGAUGUGAGGACAUUUGACAACAAUCUCGAUUUCAAACACUGAAUGUCUAUAAGCCUCAUACCAGACUAUACUGUGGGGAUGGUUUGAGAUCCCUGUGAGAUCAGCUCUAACCCACCUUGCCAUCUGGAAAACAUAACUUUGAAAUAUUUCUGUUGCCCGUGUCAGAUGGUGAAUUUAAGGGCUUACAGCACGUCACGGUUGACGUCAGGUGCCUUAUCCUUCCCCAUCUUACCCUCUGUCAUUUUUAUUCGACAAAUAGGGGAAUGAAAUCAGUCUCUGUGCAAUGUAAUAAAGGAAAAUUAUGAGUUAUGUCAUAAUCUAGUAUAAGGAUGAGGAAUGUGGUCAUAAUAUAUUGAAUACAUUUGAAAGCAUACGUUUCAAUAAAGUUAUGAAAAGCUGGAAAAUGCUGGUUACAUUUUUUUUAAAGUGGUUUGUUUGACUGUUUACAUUGUAGCUGACGUAACAGAACCUUUUAGAUCAACAUCACACAUCCCUGUCUGGAGUGCAUCUUCAUAGUUUUCUCAAAAUAAAGUGCCAAUCAGCAGGUUACUAUGGAAACUGGGCAAGAUGCGACUGCAUGUUGGCGGCAGCGACCACUUGGGUGUAGACGCGCUGGUGGAGGGAGAACAUUUCCCACCUCCCCUGGAUAUUCAUCUUAUCACGAACUUCAGUACAUUAAGGGUACCUUUGACGUGGGUCCAAUUUAGAGCCAUGGCUAUGCAUGACUCCAACACUGGCCAAGGACAGCAUAAGGUUGUCUUGAAGAGGAAACUGACAGGUCCACCAAGACUUCUCCUUGGCAAAACCAAGACCGUGAACCAAACCGGAGAGAGGUCAGACGCACGAGUACUGAGACACCAAAGAAGAAUGGACAUCAAUGGAACACCAAAGGACUCCACUCCUCAGACAUCCCAGGACACCUUGGGUGAGGAAGGUAGAACGUUGGUGCUGGCCCCUGAACAUCUUCAAACAAAUAUAAAGGAGGAAACUGAAGGAAGCCACCAUACAAGGCUCCAAAAUGACUGUUCUGCCUGUGAUGAGGAAGACGCAGUGAAGGAGCAACAUGUUGAUGUCAGCAGGAAGACAAAAAAGACCACUAAAGAGGGAUUGGGAUUAAAGAGGCUUUUUCCGCAUGUGUUUGGGUGUGUCAGGAAGAAGCGAGACAAACAUGGUGACAUUGAGAUUAAAAAGGAGAACGCAAUGACUCUACAGUCUAUGGAAUGUACCGGUGAUGACACACCAGGUGCCACGUGUCACUCUGCCCCAUCUGGAACUAGGAUAGAGAAGAGGAGGAUCAAAACAUUUUGGUUCCCAUUAGUUGGCUGCCGUGCAGAUAAAGGCAGAUGCCUGAACAAGUCACAGUCAUUAUCAAAAGACCCAGAGGCACGAACAAAAACACUUCGAAAAAGGAUUCAAGGUUUCUUGACCAGACGAAAGAAGACAGUCUCCUCUAACCAGUUUGAAUGUGGCAGCACACAGACCACACAGCCUGAGCGUGUAGAAGGACAGGUAGACAGCCAUUUGGCAUAUAAUGAGGACCUGCCCAGAAUCCAUGAGGAAGACAUCCCAGAAGGAGAUGGUGAUGGGCAGGUGGGGUGCCCAGAGAGCAUGACUAUUAGUGCUGAGGUGACCUCCGCCAGUGCAAAAUAUACUGAGUGUGAAAUGACUAUUAGUGCUGAGGUGACCUCCGCCAGUGCAAAAUAUACUGAGUGUGAAUCCAAAGAAGAUACCAGUGAAGCUAGCUGCGAGAUCUCAGGGGAUUUGACCUCAAGGGAGGAUGAAAACAAGCUGGAGAACUGUGUAUAUACACAGGAGCCUCCCGAGCUGGAUCUGAAAGAGUCCACAGGCCUCUCUGACGGUGUUGCCACCUUGACCUGUGUUGUUGAGUUGGACUCAGGCUUCAGACCACAGAUUGAUAUUGCCAUGGCCAUGGAUGAGGUGUUCGAGAAUGGGCCAGAUGAAAUUAAACUGUUUGAGAACACAAACAACACGACGGGACCUGACUGUGACAGCCUUGCACCUUGCAAGAACCCCAGCAACAUGUCUUUUCUGACUGUGCCAGUGGAUGGUUGCUGGAGUCCGUGUGAGGCUAACAGCACAGACGUGAAACCCUGUUGCAACACAUUUGAUUACAGCCUGCCACCUGAAGACACAAGCCUGGUAAGUGGUGAGAGCCUACUGGUACUCACCGCUAACUCCCUGGUACGAGCCGCCAUCAAAAGUGCCCUGUGUCAGCUCUCAAGGGAAAUACAGCCUCCCCUAACAAACUGCCACAGAGAUGAAUGUGCACACGUGGAAGAGGUCUGAGUUACAGUUAGUUUAUGGAUAUGGAUAUUUUGGAUAUAUAUUACAUAUCCAGAGAUAUGUUUUCCUUACCUUGUGGAAUUGAUAUGGGAUCCCUUUGUGUAUGUGUCAUUUUACAGCCCUGUGGAUCUAGAUGUGUACUGAUCACAUUUAUUGUGCUAAACACUCGUAGAAAGAAUAAAUAACGUGUUUUUUUUGUUUUCGCCCAACCCUGACAUUUUUGUUUUAUAGAAUAUUUGGAUCAGAAAUUAUGUUACAUUUUCUUUUGAAUGAUUUGGUCUCAAAAUAUUGUGUGAUCACUUUUGAAAUAAGGUCAAAUG